GUUGCCCUUUUAAGGCUCCGCCCACUCGGGGCGGGCUCGCGGUGACGUCACCGCAGCAAGCCCCGCCCACGCCCCGCGAGCGCCGCAGCGGAGCCCAGCUCCCGGACCCUCCGGACCCGCCGGACCCCGCUGGUCACUCCCGCCGGACACUCCGGACCCCGCUGGUCACUCCCGGACACUCCGGACCCCGCUGGUCACUCCCGGACACUCCGGACACUCGUGCCACCGGCAGGAUGUCGCCCCCCGUGCCCGCGCUGACCCCCGAGCAGAAGCAGGAGCUGGCGUCCAUCGCCCAGCGCAUCGUGGCGCCCGGCAAGGGCAUCCUGGCCGCCGACGAGUCCACUGGCAGCAUCGCCAAGCGGCUGAGCUCGGUGGGCGCCGAGAACACGGAGGAGAACCGGCGCUGGUACCGGCAGCUGCUGUUCACGGCCGACAAGCGCGUGGAGCCGUGCAUCGGCGGCGUCAUCCUCUUCCACGAGACCAUGUACCAGAAGGCCGACGACGGGCGCCCCUUCCCGCAGGUCAUCCGCGACAAGGGCGCCCUCGUGGGCAUCAAGGUGGACAAGGGCGUGGUGCCCCUGGCUGGCACCAACGGCGAGACCACGACCCAGGGGCUCGAUGGCCUCAUGGAGCGCUGUGCCCAGUACAAGAAGGACGGCGCUGACUUUGCCAAGUGGCGCCGUGUCCCCAACGUCCCCAAUGUCCCCAUUGCCCCAAACAUCCCCGAUGACCCCGAUGUCCCCAAUGUCCCCAAUGUCCCCAGGGCUGGAUGGCCUCAUGGAGCGCUGUGCCCAGUACAAGAAGGACGGCGCUGA